AUGUCCAAAAUCUUAAUCGAUGAACCUGAACCUCGAAAGGAGAAAGUCGCUAUUGUGGGUGCGGGUCUUGUGGGUUGUCUUGCCGCCUUAUCAUUCGCUCGUCUUGGUUACAAAGUCACUCUUUAUGAAUACCGUGAUGAUCCUCGAAACGAAACAACAGUUGACCGCAACUUGAGAUCUAUUAAUUUGGCUGUCAGUGAUCGUGGUAUCCGCGCCCUCAAUGCUGUAGAUCUUGAGAUGUCUAUCCGAGUCCUCAAAAAUAUCUUACCAAUGAGAGGUAGAAUGAUUCAUGAUGUCGACGGUCAUCAAACUUCCAUGAAAUAUGGCUUGCAUAACGAAGCUAUCAAUUCCAUCGAUAGAGCCUAUUUGAACAUUGAACUCUUGAAUGAAUUGGAUCGCCACAAGAAUAUCAAAGUCAAUUAUGGGUUGAAACUCAUGAAGAUGGACUUCAGUGGAAAAAACGGUAAUCCUAGAAUUUAUUUUGAAAAAACUAAAAAAGUGGCCAAUACUUUGGAAGAAAAUGCCAUCAGAACUUUUGAAUAUAAUUUCGUCAUUGGUGCCGAUGGGGCUUAUUCUGCUACCAGAUUUCAAUUACAAAAAUUCGUUAGAAUGGAUUUCAGCCAGGAAUACAUGGAUUGUUGCUAUAUUGAACUUUAUAUACCUCCAGGAGCCUCAAAAAAAUACAAGUUUCAAUUGCAUCCUAAUAGACUCCACAUUUGGCCGCGGAACAAAUUCAUGUUGAUCGCUUUACCAAACUUUGAUGGAUCAUUUACUAGUACUUUCUUUGGUCCAUGGGAUCUUACCGAGCUGUUGGAUACAAGGGAAAAAGUUAUUGACUUCUUCCAAACUAAUUUCAAGGAUGCGGUCGAUUUAAUUGGGCUUGAACAAGUAGUGGAGGCAUUCCUAACACACCCUAAAUGCUCUCUUGUUUGCACUUCUUGUUUCCCUUACAACUACAAAGGUAAGUGUAUUAUUGUGGGUGAUGCUGCUCAUUCGAUGGUGCCUUUCUAUGGUCAGGGGAUGAAUUGCGGGUUUGAAGAUGUCAGAGUCCUUGUAGAGCUUGUCAAGAAACAUGAAUACGAAUUGGAAUCGGCGUUCAACGAAUAUUCUGUUACUAGACAACAGGACCUCGAUGCCAUUAUUACAUUGGCUAGAAAUAAUUAUACUGAAAUGAGCCAUAAUGUCAAUACAACAAGAUAUGCUGUCCGUAAAAAGAUGGAUGCUGCAAUGCAUUUGAUUUUUGGAGACAAGUGGCUACCAUUGUACACAAUGGUUUCAUUUAGAGGUGACAUCCGCUAUAGUGAUUGUAUCAAGAGAUCCAAGGUUCAAGGAUGGUUGUUGAGUCAACUUGAACUAGGAGUUUAUGGGUUGGGUGCUUGGUUGGCUUUCAAGGCCAUUAGAGCUGUUGUGAGAGACAGAUAG